AUGAAUUCUCAGUAUAAUAAUUAUACAACUCAACCAUUACCAACUGGAGUACCUACACAAGAACAAGAACCUUUAACUGAAGCUGAAGAAAUUUUAUUUAGAGAAUAUGAAAUUAGAGAACAAGAUAGAUGGUUACCUUUAGCAAAUGUUGGUAGAGUUAUGAAAAAUGGUUUACCUUCACAUGCAAAACUAUCAAAAGAAUCAAAAGAAUGUGUUCAAGAAUGUGUCUCUGAAUUCAUUUCAUUUAUAACUUCAGGUGCUGUUGAUAAAUGUCAAGCAGAAAAAAGGAAAACUUUAAAUGGUGAAGAUAUCUUGUAUGCAAUGAAUUCAUUAGGUUUUGAAAAUUAUGCUGAAACUUUAAAAAUUUAUUUAGCAAAAUAUAGAGAACAUGAAAGAUUAGAAGCUGAUGAUAGAAGAGAAAAAGAUCGAAUGAAACGUCAAGCAAGAAAAGAACGUAAAGAACGUGAAAAACGUGAAAUGUUAAUAGCAUCUGGUCAAUUGGAUGAAAAUUCAACCUCAACAACAAUAAGUGGAUCAAAAUCAACAAAACAAUCAGAUAAUAUUCAAGAUUAUGAUGAUGAUGAAGAAGGUUUAGAUGAUUACGAGGAUUUAGAUGAUGAAGAAAAAGAUAAUGAUUCAAAUUUAAGCGCUGUUAAUGAAGAAGAUGAACCUGUUGAUUUAAAUGAUCUAAGAUAUGAUAUUGAUAAUCCAACUAUAGAUCAAUAUGUCUUGAGUGGGAAUUCUAAUGAAAUGAAUGUUUAUGAUGAAAGUAUUCAAUUUCAAGAGCAGAUAUAA